AUGGCGGAAGACAGCUUUCAGUCACCAGGAACUGCAAGUGAAUUUAAAAUUCCUAAGGUUGAAUCUGGGGCCGAAGAGAGGUUAUUAAGUAAGAAGAAAGUGGAUGAAAAUAUGGUCAUUGACAAGACCCUGGAUGUGAAGGAAAUGAUUCUCAAUGCUGAGACAGUCAGAGGCCUCUAGGAGGGGCCAGAAUCUGUGGGACCCCUGCGGGAGGACUUUAGUCUGAACAGCAGCACCCUCAUGGGUCUGCCUGCCAUUGCAGUGGCUAUUGCCACAGUCAUCGUCAUCAGCCUCAUGAUGCUGAGGAACAAGCAGUACGGCACCAUCAGCCAUGGGGUCAUGGAGGUCGACCUAAUGCUCACCUCAGGAGAGCGUUACCUGAACAAGAUGCAGAAUCAUGGUUAUGAAAACCCGAUCUACAAAUACCUGGAGCAGAUGCAGAUUUAAGCAUGUGAAGCAUGACACCUGGCUGGAGU